UCUUAAUAAUUAAUAGUUAAUACUUAUUACUUAGAUGAGUAUUGAGUAGACUGAGUAGUGCAAACUGCAAGUGCGAUAAGUAGUGAAUACCGAGUACUACUUAUAACGUUGGUCUAAAUAAUGAACUCCAAGUUUGAGUAACAAACCAAGCCAGAUACAUACGUAUUCUGGACAACUUUCCAUGUACAAAGCAACAACAUCGCCUCGUUUAAAUCCUUGCUCUUUGAAAUAAUUGGCAAUUUGGUUGCUGAGCUCUUCAACCUAAAAGCAAUUGAAAAGAAAUGGACAACCUACCUAAGCAUUCAUCUUUUAAAAAGUUAGAGGUUAUUUGGAACAGAAAUACCAGUACUCACAAACCAAAAUUAUUACCUGAAUUAAAAGGAAUUAACAUAGAAGAUAGUGUUGAAAAAGUUAAAAAAUCAGCUAAAUAUCCGAGUGUUAAAAUUAAUGAAAAUAAAAUAGAACAUGUUCACAAACGUGUAAAAAGAAGUUUAUUCCGAGAAGAUAAAAACGGUAAAGUAUACCAACAUUCAGAACCAGAAGAACUAAAUAAGAAAAUUUGUGAGAAUUUUGAUUAUACAAAUAGCUUAAGGAAAAGAAACUAUAGCAUAUACAAAGCUUCUCAAUUAAAUUGCCCCCAAAUUGUAUCAAAUCGAAAAAAUACAAUAAGAAAUCAAGAUCCAUCAUUACAUACAUCGAAACAGUGUUUAUUUCCAACAAAAAGUGCCAAGACUGAAAUUUCGUUGUCACAUACGGUUGAUCCAUUGGUCAUCAAACCAUCGGAUCAACUUAAUUUUCACACUAAAGUUUUCGGUUGUUCUAAAUCUCCCGAGAUCAUGUCAAAUCGAAAACGAUACGUUAUGAACAAUAAUUUUAACAAGAUUGAUGUUUCUAAAAACGAAAACAUAAACUAUAAGACGUGUAUUGACAUUCCAAUAGAUCUAGCACCAGAAAAGUUAGAUGCAAAAUAUAAUAAUGUAAAUAUACACAUAAGUUCAAUGGAAUCAAAAUUUAAUCUUGCUAAUUCUGAAGAUAUUAUUGAAUCUUCCGAAAAAAUUGUCUCACCCGUUAUGAAAAAAAAAAAACAAAAAAAAAAUCGGAUUCAUACCAAAAAAACUAUUAUCAAAAACUAUACCAAUGGGAGUAAAGUGCCAAAAUGUAAGACAUUUACUGAUGGAAAAAAUAAAAUUAAUUUACCAACUAAUGAAAUUCAGAAAAGUACAAAUAUAUCAACAACCGCGAAAAAUGAAUUUUGUGAUGAAUUCAAUUUUGAUUCUAUAGAUAUUAUCAAUACAGAAAAUAUUUUGAAGUAUCCUAUAACUAGAUUUUUAAAAAAGUCUUCAAUUGUAUCACAAGAACAUCAAAAUCGAGGAUUACCAGAAUUGUGUAUAAUUAAUGAUGACAAUCAAAUAUAUUAUUCCGAAACAUCUUUAACACAUUCAUCUUUGAACACAAAAAAAAUUACCAAAAAUACAGUUAAAGAACAUACAAAAAUAUGUGAACAUCAUAGAAAAAAGCUUUUUAAUCAGAAUGAAGACAAUAUUGUUUCAUUUAUGCAUUCAUCAGAAAUAAGUGUAAUCCCUUCUACUCCUGAACAUGAAUCAAUUAAUAUAGACAAUUCUAUAGUCCAAUACUCCCCUGAAAUAAUUUCAAGUCCAUAUGUUCCAUUGAUUGAAGUCGAUCAAUCGCCUAAAACUCCACAUGAGAAUAAUAAUCAAGUGCUCAUUCAAUCUGUUCAAACUCCACCAAAUGUUGAUGGCAUAACAUUACCAGGUUUAUUUGAGCCUAUAGCUUCUCCUACACAGUCCUUUGUCAAUCACGAACUACCAUUUAAAAUUGACUCUAUAGAAUCACCUAGAGCUAUUCAUGAAGAUGAUGAUAUUAUCAUUUCACCUGAAAUAAAUAGGAGAAAAUCGGACAAUAGCCCUUCAUCACCUAAUUGUUUCGACUCUGCUAAAAAACGUAAAAAAAUGAAUAAGGAUGGAUUGAGAGGAAAAUUUCGAGAUCUUAUUAACCGUAAGAAAUCUGAAGCUUGUAUUCGAGAAUAUGAGAAAAGCUUAUCUAAAAAUUAUAAGCCAAAACAAGGUGAAACUGCAUUAUUAAAGGUUAUUGAAGCAUGGAAAGAAUUUAGAAUGAUUGUUUUACUUUGUUACUACAUGAAAUCUGAUAAGGAAGUUCAAAGAGUGUUGGUAACUUUAAAUAAUUGUCCUUUAAAUGUUACGAAGAAUAGUGUAAUACGGAUUUACUCUCCAUGGUUGACAAUUAAAUCUGACAUAACUGAAGUGCUGUUUACUGGAAUCAUUCACGCUGAAGUAAUUGAAUUUUCAGAAUCUAUUCCUAGGUCAUUUGAACUUCUAGAAGGAAGUACAGAUCAUAAUGGAUUACUGACAACUGUACUUGAAAAUAAAUUAUUAUGGAAAUGCAAUUGUUCUAAAGAUGCUGCCUGUCAAUGCUUGGGAGAAUUAAGUGCUUACAACUAUUUACAGUACAUGAUUCCACAUUAAUAUAUUGUAUUCAUUCUAAUUCAUAUACUCUAAGGUUGCUUAAACUAUUUUUAUUUUUCAUGGUUAA